AUGGAUCACAUAUUUCGGCAACGUAGGAUUAGCGUGCCUAAACGGACGAGCGAGCUGGUGGCGCUAGUGGCAGUUUCCUGCACAUUGUUCCUGUUCCUGCACACACGAGACCUCAGCACCAAGCUUCAACGCAUGCAAAGACUCAAUGAUGAUGUCACCGCCUUCAACCACCUCACCGACAGAAUCCAGACAGACCGCGCAGAGCACGCUUAUGCGUCUGCGCAGGAGUACAAAGAGGCGCUGGAGGCUAUAAGAAGAAAUACUGGCGCUGAGCGCAGUAGGCCACAACGUACCCUCGAAUCGGAGAUCACUAGAUCAGAAGAAGUGGACCAGGAAUUGCACGAGGAAGUGCUCCCAGAUCCUUGGGAGUUGAAUAAUACGGCGCGAGCUGAUGUUGAGCUUUUAUUUUUCAACCGAGUACCCAAGGUCGGCAGUCAGACCUUCAUGGAGCUACUGAGGAGGUUAUCUAUCAGGAAUCAGUUUGGCUUCCACCGCGACGCCGUCCAACGCGUGGAGACAAUACGCCUGGCGCCCGCAGAUCAGCAAGUGCUCGCGGGCCUCGUGUCUGCGCACACGCCGCCAGCCUCCUACAUAAAACACGUUUGCUAUACUAAUUUUACCAGAUACGGUUACCCGUCGCCAAUCUACGUGAACGUGGUACGUGACCCCGUGGAGCGGGUAAUAUCAUGGUACUACUACGUGCGGGCCCCAUGGUACUACGUCGAGCGCAAGAGAGCAUUCCCCGAUCUGCCUCUGCCUGAUCCAGCUUGGUUGAAAAAGGAUUUUGAAACGUGCGUCUUGAGUGGUGACCGCGAAUGCCGCUAUCUAGAGGGCGAGACUCACGAGGGUAUCGGCGACCAUCGCAGACAAACCUUGUUCUUCUGCGGUCACGACCCGCAGUGCACACCAUUCAACAGUUUAGAAGCCCUUCAACGAGCCAAGCGGGUCGUGGAACAGCAAUACGCAGUCGUUGGGGUCCUUGAAGACAUGAACUCAACGCUAAUAGCCUUGGAGCGGUAUAUCCCGAGAUUUUUCACCGGAGCUUUAAGAAUGUAUUGGGAAGAACUAAACAAAUUCAACCGUAUUAAUCGCAACGCGUUCAAGCCUCCGGUCUCAGAAGCAGUAAAGCAGAUCGUGCGCGCAAACUUCACACGAGAAAUAGAGUUCUACGAAUUUUGUAAACAAAGACUACAUAUGCAGUUAAAGGCUCUCAAAGAUUCCUUAAUCACGCUGCCUGAGAGUCCAGUAACUACAAACAGAAGAAUAGAAACAAACUAUAAUUCACUAUAA